AAAGAGGUGGUGUCUCUGAUCUGCCUCCGCUCCCUUCUCUCUCUCUCUCUCUCUGUCUCUCUGCAGGAAGUCUAUUGUGAGGAGUUAACAUUUCUAGAACAAGUCAGACGGAAAGGGUCAGGGAAUUGUCAGCGCAUCCCACCUCAGCAUUUUAAAUAAUGGGACUGAAAGCGACGUUGAGCCUGUGUACUUUUAUUUUCUUCCUGCUUACCAUUCCCGGAGACGUUAGCUGCAGCAAAAAGAAAAGAGGACCGAAAGUAACGGCAAAGGUGUUUCUCGACAUCCAAGUGGGAGAACACGAGGUGGGAAGAAUAGUAAUCGGGGUGUUUGGAGAAGUUGUGCCCCGGACGGUGAACAACUUCAUAGCCCUGGGGACCGGCGAGAAAGGUUAUGGAUAUAAAGGAAGUAAAUUUCACCGGGUGAUAAAGGAUUUCAUGAUACAGGGAGGAGAUUUUACUGCUGGAGAUGGAACAGGAGGUAUGAGCAUAUAUGGAGCAACCUUUCCAGAUGAAAACUUUAAAUUAAAGCAUCUGGGAGCUGGCUGGGUAAGCAUGGCCAAUGCAGGACCUGAUACCAACGGCUCACAGUUUUUUAUUACUUCAGCAAAAGCACCUUGGCUGGAUGGCAAGCAUGUUGUGUUUGGAAAGGUCCUUGAAGGAAUGUCUGUAGUACACACAAUUGAACUCCAGGACACGGAUGACAGGAAUCGACCCUUCCAGGACUGUGUUAUAAUUAACAGCGGCAAAAUUGAUGUUAAAGAACCAUUUGUGGUUGAACUGGAUGGUUGGUAGGAUAAUAUGUGAACUGUUGCAUGGUAAAAUGGCCUGAAGCCCCAAUAAACAUAUAAUUAACCUGAAGUAAAUAGAUGAUGUAACAAUAUGCACAGCUAGAUGAGGUUUGUUUACUUUGGUCAAGUAAGAUGUUUCUGCUGUAUUCUGCUGUAUGACUAUUUUCUAAACAAAUAAAUAAAAAGUUAUGUUCUA